AAGGCAGUGGAGCAUCGUGAGGAGGUGUAGUCCCAUGGUGACCGGUGACCGACGAUUGUUUCAUACGCCAUUUUUCCCCUCAGGAUACUGGAGCCUAUGUGCACCAUUGAUUUGGGAUCCGGUUAAAGCCGGUGCCGGACAUUCGCUUUUUUUCUCUCAUUUUCUCAAACAACACCAGUGGUGAGAGAAGGCAGUGAGUAGGACUUCCUUGGCAGAGGCUGUUUACAACUAAUUCUCUUAGUAUUUCUAUUGAUAUAACACUGUGACAAUAUACUUUUAACGUACAAAACCCACAUAGGAAAUGGAUUUUAGGUAUAUUUUCAUACUGAUUAGUGCAGAACAUAUGCUACCUAAUUCCAAAUCACUUUAAUCUUGAGAAAGUCCAUUUAUGAAGUUUUUAUGGUAAAAGUGAAGUGUAUACAGGACCUUGCGGGACUUUUUAGCUAAUCAGAAGGUAGUCUUUAGUGAUAAAAAGGAUCGUAAUAAAGGAUGAUAAAAUUACAAGGAGUAAUGAGUAUUAACAUAGAUAAUCAAGAGUUUCACGGUAAUUGCUUCUUAAAGUAAGAGAGAAGAGUUAGGGCUUUCAUCACUCACUAGCAUCACCUACAAUACGAGGGUUGGGUUUACGGAGCUACAAAUUACUGAUUCUUUGCAGCUAUACGGGUGAAUGGAAAUAUCUACAACUCACUAUCUUAAAUGUAAUUGGUUCACCACCAAAGAAUAGGGCAAUUUUUCCAUUAAAAAAAACUAAUAAAUUCCCCUCCACCUUAAGAAUCGCUAAACUUUGUUCCUAGCUUUACGUCUUGUCAUGUUUAUUGAUUUCCAGAAUUUGAGUAGCGAAAUAUCGGUAAAUUUUGUUGGGACAUAUCUAGCUCUCAGUAAGUUACAAGGUUUCGCUUUGAAACCAAAUAGCCAGUAUAUUCUCAUUUUAUGCUGUAAAAUGUUAGUGAUAUGAGUGCUGUUUUAAUCAGUAUUUAAUUGGUCACAUGUAUGUGCCAACAAAUGAAACUUGUCGCAUCCUAUCUUUCCUGCCGAAUAAACAAGUCACUGGCUCGUCUUCACUCGUAGAAGAAGACCUACAUAUGGUUCUCAAGGUAAUAUAAGCUAAGGCGUGUCACUGUAAACGAAGCAAUAAAACAGGUUAUGGGUAUUGUUUAUAGAGAUGAUAUAGUUCAUAUUAUUUUCUACAUUUUUUUCUUACAGAUAUGAACAAUAAUAGGAUAAUAGCCCAUACAUUCAUACUAUCAUCCGUUACAUCUCCAUGUAGGAAAUAUCUACUUUUUGGAACUAAUAUACAGAAAAUACUAAUUUAUUCGUUAUGUUCGCUGUCCUGUGAUGCACAAAUUGAGGGGAAGCCAGAGUGUAUUAUCAACGUGAAAUACGCAGGAAACAUUUACGCUUUAUGCUUCGGGAAGGAUUAUGUUUUUUGUGGGUCAAUUGGUCUGAUUGUUGUAUACAAAUGGACUACACCUACCGACGGCUUUCUGAAAUAUCAUGAUACAGUUCAUCUGACGUCCGAAAAUCUUUACACAACCGUUUCUGAAGUUACCGGGCUGUGUUACCAUACAGAAAGUGACACUCUGUUUGCAGCAUUAGGUGAUGGAACUAUCCAUACGUUUUUUAUUGGUUGUGAUUUCAAAGAAAAGCUCAAAUUUACUGGACAUAAGUCCACGAUCUAUAAACUUUGCAGGGUUGGAGCACACGAGUUUGCUACUAGUUCUGAGGAUGGUACUGUCUGCUUUUGGGAUAACAGAGUUAUGCGGAAUGGGAACUUUAAGGCUUCAUCUGUGUUCAAACCGUAUCUAAAUAGUGAAUUAUCUCGAUCCAAGCUUGGGUCUUGGUUAACUACUUUAUCUUGUAAACAGUUUGAAGAGGAUUGGUUUGUUACGGGAGGGGGACCUCGACUUUCUUUAUGGAGUAGGCGUGCUGGGAGAAAUGUUUCUAUAUUACACCCUGAAGGGUCGGCAAAUAAUGCACGACGUGGAAUUCUGUGGGACGACAUUCGUAGAACAUGUCCAAGCCAAUAAGAGCCUUUUGCCAAACCAAUUAAUCAACCAUAAUCAGCGUAAAGCCUGAUAGACAACUAACGUAUUAAUACUACAUUUGCAUGAAUUAAUAGUAAUUUAAAAAUAGUAAAGAAAUCAAAAUAAUCGUAAUAUCAAUGAUGAAAACGAAAACUGAAUAUGGUUGGGAAUAUGGUUCGAAGAGGCAGAAUAAGAAGGUAUACUUAAAGGAAUACUAUAAUUCUAGAUCCAUUUUAUGAUUUCAGAUUCUCAUAUGAUAAAAUAAUCUUUUCUUAAAUCUUAUUUAUUUAUUUGAACACAUAAAUAGUGGUACAAGAGGGCACCAAAUAUAUAUGCGCCACACAAAACAAUGAGAAUUUAAGAAGGGAAAAAAAAGUAAGGAACGAAGGGAAUUAUAAAACAAAAAAAAAGAACAAUAAUGGGGGGAGACGAAAAGGUACAAUCAAGAGAAAUCUUUCAGUUAAGGAAGAUACAGCCACUUUUUAUGAAGAAAUUAAAAGAAGGUUACAGCAGGAUCGCCACUGGCUUCUAUUCUGAGCCAUAUCUGAUAACGUCU